GAAACAACAUACAACAACUAGAGGGGGGAAAAGAAAGAAAGGAAAGAAACCCACCCACCCAUCAAAAAAAGGAAAACAAAAAUCCUGUGGCGCGCCGCCUGGUUCCCGGGAAGACUCGCCAGCACCAGGGGGUGGGGGAGUGCGAGCUGAAAGCUUCUGGAGAGUGAGCAGCCCUAGCAGGGAUGGACAUGAUGCUGUUGGUGCAGGGUGCUUGUUGCUCGAACCAGUGGCUGGCGGCGGUGCUGCUCAGCCUUUGCUGCCUGCUGCCCUCCUGCCUCCCGGCUGGACAGAGUGUGGACUUCCCCUGGGCGGCCGUGGACAACAUGAUGGUCAGAAAAGGGGACACGGCGGUGCUUAGGUGUUAUUUGGAAGAUGGAGGUUCAAAGGGUGCCUGGCUGAACCGGUCAAGUAUUAUUUUUGCUGGAGGUGAUAAGUGGUCAGUGGAUCCUCGAGUUUCAAUUUCAACAUUGAAUAAAAGGGACUACAGUCUCCAGAUACAGAAUGUAGAUGUGACAGAUGAUGGCCCAUACACGUGUUCUGUUCAGACUCAACAUACGCCGAGAACAAUGCAGGUGCAUCUAACUGUGCAAGUUCCUCCGAAGAUAUAUGACAUCUCAAGUGAUAUGACCAUCAAUGAAGGAACCAAUGUCACCCUUAUUUGUUUGGCCACUGGGAAACCAGAGCCUUCCAUUUCUUGGCGGCACAUCUCUCCAUCAGCAAAACCUUUUGAAAAUGGGCAGUAUUUGGACAUUUAUGGAAUUACCAGGGACCAGGCUGGAGAAUAUGAAUGCAGUGCAGAAAAUGAUGUGUCAUUCCCAGACGUGAAGAAAGUAAAAGUUGUCGUAAACU